AUUGCCGUUAUUCAAUUUGAAUUUACUUUCCCCAAAUCAUAGAUCCCCAAAUGAAGGAACCAAUUCCCGUCGGCACCCUUCCGCCUUUCUCACGCCGGUGACUACACUCCAUCACCGGUCCGAUUUCUCCCCAAACAAUUCGACGCAGCCUCUGUUCGGUCGAUUAAAGCUAUUUUGAAUUCCUCCCAAAUUUCAAUUCCGCCUGACCAUGACCGCCCACCGCUACUGCCGUCGGUCAAUAGCAGCCGGCACCGACUCUCCUUUGCGCAUACACUCGCUGGACUCGCUUGCAGACAGCGGCCUCCGUCGCUCCGGAGCCGCUCCCUCCGUUCCAGUUGCACUCUCCUCGGUCUGGAAUUGCUGACGUCGCGCACACCAGCCGCCGCGUCGCAAGGCUGUCAUGCCAUCAGUCCAUCCGUCGGAUAUCAGGUGCCGCCGAGCGGUGAGAGGCACUCGAGAAUCCACCGAGCAGUCGCUGCCGUCGGGGUCUCACUUCGGUCGGUGUCAUUCUCCAGCCAUAUCGGCUGCACUGUCAAUUUCGUUGGACUGCCGUGGACUUCUCGGCUUAGGUUGACUUGGAAAAAUUUGCAAGGAAUCUUCCUCUUCACCUUAUCGCAGCGAUUAUGGUUUGGGAAAAGGAAAAAUCCACGUUCAAGUAUUUGCUAUGUGGAAUUCUUCGGUUGCAUUCCAUGUGUGAUCUUGCCUCCCGGGUGCCCAAAAUUGAACAGUACCAAGAGGUUGCUCUAGCAUUGACUGCAUAUUACAAGGUAGCAAUCCAGGAUUUGGUGUACAUAUGCAAAGAGGCAGCAUUUGCUGCGGUUUGUGUAGAUGUCAAGUAUCUGCGGACCAACGAUUCAUCUAGAAGUGUAUCCCCUACUACUGAAGAGACCUUGAAUCACCUCGGCUGCAGUGUGAUUCUUCUCUUCAAUUUCUACAGUCUCUGUGUCAGCAAAAGUUAUUUCGGGAAUGCAUUGUUAACAAACAGGUUAUUUAUAAGUCAAUUUGAGUCCCGAAUCGUUCGUGCUGCAUCAGAAGAUAAUUUAUUCCAUGAGCUUGGGAAGCGGUGGAUUGCAGGAGCAACUAGCUUCCUGUGUUGGACUCGGCCCUGAUGAAAAAAGGAGUAGCUCUACUUCUCAUCUUUGUAGUCGUCAAAAUCAUGGUCUUUGAGGAUUCUGGUAACUCUACUUCUAAUCUUUUUCAGGUGUUGUUCGAGCCCGUAUAUACUCAACUUGGGAUGCUUCCUACUUAUACAUGAGUGCCUAGCUGCUAUUUAUUUUCAUUCAUGCCUGAUAUGUUGAUUUUUAUAGAGAAUUUAAAUGUUAAUUGACAUGUUAUGAUUAAGAGUAAAUUUCCGAGAGGUUGUCUCACAACUCUCUAA